AUGGGGUUUUUCCUCAAGUUUUUCCUCAAGUGCAACCAGAACUGCCUGAAGAACGCCGGGAACCCGCGGGACAUGCGGCGCUUCCAGGUGGUGGUGUCCACCACGGUGCACGUGGACGGCCACGUCCUGGCCGUGUCCGACAACAUGUUCGUCCACAACAACUCCAAGCACGGCCGGCGCGCCCGGCGCCUCGACCCCUCUGAAGCAGCCACCCCCUGCAUCAAGGCCAUCAGCCCCAGCGAGGGCUGGACCACUGGCGGUGCCACCGUCAUCGUCAUCGGGGACAACUUCUUCGAUGGCCUCCAGGUGCUCUUCGGCACCGUGCUGGUGUGGAGCGAGCUCAUCACCCCCCACGCCAUCCGCGUGCAGACCCCCCCCCGCCACAUCCCGGGGGUCGUGGAGGUGACAUUGUCCUACAAGGCCAAGCACUUCUGCAAGGGCGCCCCGGGACGCUUCGUCUACACCGCCCUGAACGAGCCCACCAUCGAUUACGGGUUCCAGCGGCUGCAGAAGGUGAUCCCGCGGCACCCUGGGGACCCCGAGCGCCUGCCCAAGGAGGUGCUGCUGAAGCGCGCGGCCGACCUGGUGGAGGCGCUUUACGGGGUGCCCCACAGCAACCAGGACGUGCUGCUGAAGCGGGCGGCCGAUGUGGCCGAGGCGCUCUACAGUGUCCCCAGGGCCCCCGCGCAUGUCACUGUCCCCUCCUUCGGCGGGGGACAGCUCGGCCUCGCCAUGGGCGACUCCCCGCAGGGCUCCGAACAAGGGUUCUCGCGCAGCCCCGGGACGCCCCCGGCUCGGGGGUUCGGUCCCCCGGGCUCGGCCCCCCAGCAGGGCUUUGCCGGGGCCACCGGGGGCUUCGGCGGGGCCACCAUGGCCGGGCUGGGGGUCCCCGGGUCCCCUCCGAGCUUCCUGAACGGCUCCACCGCCACCUCCCCCUACGCCAUCCUGCCCGCCAGUCCCCCGCUGGGCGCCUCGUCCGUCGCUGUCACCUCGGGCCCGGGCACGGCCACCUCGCCCGGUGGCUUCUCGUUCUCUCCGGUGACGAUGAUCUCGGCCGUGAAGCAGAAGAGCGCCUUCGCCCCCGUGCUGCGGCCACAGGGGUCCCCCCCGCCCGCCUGCGCCAGCGCCCUGCAAGACCCAGCUUUCGAGGACUCGGACAAAUUCCACGCUGCGGCGCGGCCGCUCCAGGGAUUGGCCUAUUCCUAAGGACGGCGUGUCCGGAGGGGCUCCGGACCCCCCAUCCCGCCGGGACAAGGACUGGGGACAUCCCUGUCCCCUGUGCCCUCCCCUCAGAGCUGGGCGGAGCCGCCACACGGAGCGGGAUGAGGGGACCCGGCCCCCCGAUGUCCCCACCCCUGGUGGCCCCGGCCUGGCCCGGCUGAGGGGGGACCUGGGGAAAUCCUGGAAUGAGCCAAAGUUCCUGGGUUUGGCCUCGGGAAGAGGCGGAGAGAGCCGGGAAUGGGGCGGAGGAGGGAGAGGGAUGGAGGGGCCAGGAUGGGUGGGAGGGGUGGCCCAGGAUGGGAUGGAAGCUCUGGAAAAGGAUGGAUGUGCCAAGGUGGGAUGGAUGCUCCGGGAUGGGAUGGAUCAUCCAAGGUGGGAUGGAUUCUCCAGGUUGGGAGGGAUGAUCCAAGGUGGAAUGGAAGCUCUGGAAAAGUUUGGAUGUUCCAAGUUGGGAUGGAUGCUCUGGGAUGGGACGGAUCAUCCAAGGUGGGAUGGAUGUUCCAAGGUGGAAUGGAGGUUCUGGAAAAGGAUGGAUGAUCCCAGGUGGGAUGGAUGCUCCAGUUUGGGAUGGAUGAUCCAAGGUGGGAUGGAAGCUCUGCAAAAGGAUGGAUGUGCCAAGGUGGGAUGGAUGCUCUGGGAUGGGACGGAUCAUCCAAGGUGGGAUGGAUGUUCCAAGGUGGAAUGGAGGUUCUGGAAAAGGAUGGAUGAUUACAGGUGGGAUGGAUGCUCCGGGAUGGGAUGGAUGAUCCAAGGUGGGAUGGAAGCUCUGGAAAAGGAUGGAUGAUCCCGGGUGGGAUGGAUGCUCCAGUUUGGGAUGGAUGAUCCAAGGUGGGAUGGAAGCUCUGCAAAAGGAUGGAUGUGCCAAGGUGGGAUGGAUGCUCUGGGAUGAGAUGGAUGCUCUGGGAUGGGACGGAUCAUCCAAGGUGGGAUGGAUGUUCCAAGGUGGAAUGGAGGUUCUGGAAAAGGAUGGAUGUGCCAAGGUGGGAUGGAUGCUCCGGGAUGGGAUGGAUGCUCCAGGAUGGGAUGGAUGAGCCAAGGUGGGAUGGAAGCUCUGGAAAAGGAAGGAUGAUCCAAGGUGGGAUGGAUGCUCUAGGAUGAGAUGGAUGAUCCAAGUUGGGAUGGAUGAUCCAAGGUGGGAUGGAUGAACCAAUGUGGGAUGGAAGCUCCGGAAAAGGAAGGAUGUUCCAAGGUGGGAUGGAUACUCCAGGAUGGAAGGGAUGUUCUAAACUGGGAUGGAAGCUCCAAGGUAGGAUGGAAGGCCUGGAAAAGGAUGGAUGAUCCAAAGUGGGAUGGAUCCCCUGGAAUAGGGUGGAUGUUGAGGAUUAGGGGGAUGAUCCAGGAGAUCAUGGAUGCUCCUGGGCAGGGGGAAUAGUCUGGAGUGGGAUGGAUGGAUGAUGGAUGGAUGGAUGAUGGAUGAUGGAUGGAUGGAUGGAUGAUGGAUGGAUGGAUGAUGGAUGGA